GCAGCAACAUCCCCCCGGUGCCGGUGUAAUGAUCAUGGCGUCAUUCAACGGUGGCAGUGCCGCGGGCGGCGGCGGCGGCGGUGGCGGUGGCCAGGAUGGGCCGCACAACAAGCGUCUCUGUACCGGCCAGGAGAUGAGCGAGGUGCCGCUCAAUAGUCGGAACAACAACAACAACAUCAACGUCACAGACGAACCACGCCGGAAGCGUGACGUUGCGACACGCCCCAACCAUAUCCUGCUGUUCACGAUCCUGAACCCGAUCUAUCCGAUCACAGUGGACGUACUGCACACGAUCUGUCAACCAAAUGGCCAAGUGCAACGCAUCGUGAUAUUCAAGAAGAAUGGAGUCCAAGCAAUGGUCGAGUUUGACAGCAUAGAGUCAGCGACUCGUGCCAAAGACAGCCUAAACGGUUGCGACAUCUACUCCGGCUGCUGCACACUGAAGAUCGACUACGCAAAGCCAGAAAAACUCAAUGUUUACAAAAACGACAGUGACUCCAGUUGGGACUACACGCUGGAAAUAGCUGCCACCACAGUCAAGGAGGUCGGUAAUGGACGCUCGCCCCUGCUCCAGGAUCCAACGCUCUUCGGUGGACGACCGCAGCCGUACAGUAAGUACCUUUCACCAUCACAUACACCCUACAACGAGUACUCUCAACCUACUCAAGGGACCCGCUCAACACUCGAACCUGCUCUGCUAGGCGCCGGUGGAGGAAACGGUUUUCCACCCAACUUUUCACCACCGGACUUCCAUCCGUCGGAGAACUGGAAACCGGCCGCCGCCGGUACGCAUGUCGGUCUCAUGAAAGAUCCACCGCUGCCCCGCAAUGGACCUACCAACUUCAUCCAACCAACACAGCAACAGGGCGCAGUGAUGAUGGUUUACGGACUCGACAAUGGAACCGCCAACACCGAUAAGCUUUUCAAUCUGUUCUGCCUUUACGGCAACGUAGUGCGGAUAAAGUUCCUGAAGACCAAGGAAGGUACUGCCAUGGUUCAAAUGGGUGAUGCCAUCGCGGUCGAACGUUGCGUCCAGCACCUGAACAACAUUCCAAUCGGAAAUGAUGGCAAAAUUCAGAUCGCAUUUUCCAAGCAGAACUUUUUGUCCGAGGUCACAAACCCGUACACCCUGCCGGAUCAUACGCCCAGCUUCAAGGAAUACACCGGCUCGAAGAACAAUCGCUUCCUGUCGCUGACGCAGGCAAGCAAGAACCGCAUCCAACCGCCAAGCAAGAUUCUUCACUUCUUCAACACACCGCCAGGAUUAACCGAUGAGCAGCUGAUUGCUGCGUUCAGUAGCAACGAUUGCCACCCGUCGCAAGUACGCAUGUUCCCACUGAAAUCGGAACGCUCCUCGUCCGGGUUGGUUGAGUUCCCGAGCGUCGCCCUAGCCGUCCAGGCCAUCAUGAAGUGCAACCAUACCGCCAUCGAUCACAAAGGCACAAAGUUCCCGUUCAUCAUGAAGCUCUGCUUUUCGUCGUCCAAAACGAUGAACGGUGCGUGGAAUAACGAGAACAUCGAGAACAUGAAGCAGGGUUCCGUCGUCCCAACGACGCCCGGUGCCGAAGAUGAGCCGAUGCAGGCGCGAUAA